CUCCUACACCUCUGAUUCUCACCUGUUGAGAGAUUACACUGUUACUCCAGCUCACUCAUUCACACCCUCACCUUCUCACUCAGAGAGCUGAGCUGAUAUAUCUUACCUUUUUGUUGUUGUAGUUUUUAUGUUAACUGUGCUCCACAGAGUCUGUGGUGAAGCUAAAUUGGCUUUUAUUUUGCUUUGUUUAUGGCUGCAAGGUGCAUUGACAUCACACAGAUGAGUGAAGUGAGCUAGGGGUUAAGGCAGAGUCCACCUUUCACUCUCCUGACCAGCAGUCACCUUCCUACAGGUUCCUGACCAGCUUCUGAGGAGAGAACCCAGGAGGACACGCAGCUGCUUCCAUGGCUCAGGAGGAGGGUAAGCGGCUGGUGGUGGUGGUCCCCAAUGAGACGUCCUUUCCAUCACGUCGUGUCUAUACCAGUGAAGAUGAGGCCUGGAGGGCCUACCUAGAGAAUCCUCUGACUGCAGUCACCAAGGCUAUGAUGAGCAUCAAUGGAGAUGAGGACAGUGUGGCAGCUCUUGGUCUGCUCUACGACUACUACAAGGUUCCUAAAGAAAAGAGAGUUCUGCCUGUAGCUAAAAUCCCAGAGGAAGACAAGAGGUUAUGGCAUGGAGAUGUGGACUCAGUGGAGGAACGUGUUCAGGCUGCCAAAUCUGUGCCAGUCAACCUGUCCCUCAACGCAGACUCCCACAGCACAGAGAUGAAGAGAAAUUUAUACAGCACACUGCCAGCUGAGGGGGGAGUAGUGGCUCCUGUAAAACCAGAGUAUUCAGCACUGUCCACUUCUAACCAGCAGCAAGAGGAACAGCCACACCACCGCUUACCUUAUCAGCAAACCAGUCAUGAGGCGAGGACCAUCACCCAUAGCCGUUACAUGAAGGAUGAACAGAGGAGCGUGCCGGAUAGCACCUUUGAAGACUCUUACACCGGAGAGAAUGUGAAAUUCAGAGUACCAACAUCCCUAGCAUCCCAAAACACCCUCUAUCAACAGCCUCCAGUAGACACCUUCCAGUACAGUAUAGAAGCGAGCCGAUCUGUGCGCCAGAAGCAGGGUGAGGGGCCAAUGAUCUAUCUGAACAGAGGGCAGUACUACGGCAUCACUCUGAGUGAGUCGGGGGCAAGCAAGGGUCUGCGUCUUCCCAUCAGCAAAGUGCGGAGUGUGGUGAUGGUGGUUUUUGGAGAGGAUAAGUGUCGAGACGAGCAACUGAAGCACUGGAACUACUGGCACAACCGUCAGCACACUGCUAAACAAAGAGUGCUGGACAUUGCUGACUACAAGGAAAGCUUCAAUACCAUUGGGAAUCUUGAGGAAAUCGCCUACAAUGCUGUCUCUUUCACCUGGGAUGUUACAGAGGAAGCUAAGGUGUUUAUCACAGUGAACUGUCUGAGCACAGACUUCUCCUCUCAGAAGGGAGUGAAAGGGCUUCCGCUGAUGAUUCAGAUCGACACUUACAGCUACAAUAACAGGAGCAACAAGCCUAUUCACAGAGCCUACUGCCAGAUCAAGGUCUUCUGUGACAAGGGGGCUGAGCGUAAAAUCAGGGAUGAAGAGAAAAAGCAAAUCCGGAAGAAGGUGAAGGGUCAUACACCUGGAGGGCACGGUCAUAGUGGUGGAGACUUGGCAGGAAAAGCAGGAGCGUAUGGAGCAGCACUGCAGAGGAAGUCAGACAUCACGCUUUUCAAAUCCAUGAUGGAUCUGGAGUCCCAGCCUGUGCUUUUCAUCCCUGAUGUCCACUUCAGUAACCUACAAAGAGCUGCACAGAUGUUUGGUUUUGGUACUGAAGAAGCGGAGAGUGAUGGCGUGGUAAUGAAGAGGCCAUUAAGAGACACAGAAGACGAUAUCUGCCCUUCCCCAGCCAAGCAGAGUAAAGGAAACACACCAAGGAGAGUUCUGCUGUAUGUUAGGAAAGAAGCUGAUGAGGUUUUUGAUGCAUUAAUGCUGAAGUCUCCAACAGUGAAAAGUCUGCUUGAGGCUAUAUCAGGCAAAUAUUCUCUUCCAGCUGAGAGGAUAACUAAAAUCUACAAGAAAAGUAAGAAAGGGAUUCUUGUCAACAUGGAUGAUAACAUCAUUGAGCACUACUCCAAUGAGGAUGCCUUCAUACUUAACAUUGACCCUCAGACAGAAUGCUUUCACGUCACACUUACAGAGAUAUAAUGAACAUCCCGAUUAUGAUGAAUUAAUUGCCCAUGUCUGCUGAAUGUUAUACCAGCCCUGUCCUAAGCCCAGUCUCAAUUUUCUCACCACUCAGAGCAGCACGUCUUGAAGUAGAUUCUGUAAAAGGACAACACUGAAAAGAUACAGGAUUAUUUCAAAUGCACUCUUAACUAAUGUGUGAUUGCACUAGCAUAGGAUGACAAAUGCCUCUUUAUUUUGUUUUUUGGUUUUGCUGUUUUUUAAGCUCCCUCUCCUGCUCAGUGGUUAAGCAGCAAGAAUUAGGUCUGCAACAAGUUCCUACAAAAGAGUUGUUCCCAAUAAGUUCUGCUUCAUCAUUAUGAAUACUGGGCAUCGAGUGGCAUGCAGAUUUAGAGCACCCCGAUAAAAAUGUGUUACUGUGAAUAGUAAAGCAAGUAUAAGGUGAGCUGAUUUCCAGGAGGCAUAAUGUUGAAGAUGCAACAGUUCUUUUGUAUUGUAAACAUUAUUAAUUGAAACAUUUUAAAGUUUAAAAAAUAACAAAAAAGAAAAAGAGACAGAAAAGCACCAAGUGCAUCUCUUUCUGAAGGUUUCUGGAUUUACUUUUCUAGUAAUAUAAGAUGUUCUCUAGGAACAUUCUCUUGGUUUUCCACUCUUCAGCUCCUCCACCACAGUUCCUGUUAACUGCCAUUUCGUAAUAAUGAUAAAAACUGAGGAAACAUCUUUAAUGAUGUACUGGAUGUGUAUAUAGAUUGUGUUUUUAAUGUACAUGUUUUAAUGAGUAAUUUUCAGUUGAUGUAAAUAUGUUUUUUAAUAAAUGUAAUAAACUCAUAA